AUGAAGUUUGCUUCCUGCUGUUGUUCGUUGCUGCUGCUGCUGGCUUGCAUGGCAGCAUUUGCCACGUCACAAACCGUCGACGAUUGCAUCGAAAUCGCCUGCCGAACGUACACCGAAGUCAACACGCUGUGGUGCCACCGACUGCCGACCUAUUUCUGCCAGUGUCGUCCCACCCCGGGCGGCAUUUGGGGCCCCCAGGUAAUGCCCUGCGCCGAUGCAACCGUGUUCAGCUUCCGCCAUCAGGUUUGUGUCCAUCCGGAUAUGCGAAACGAGGCGGAUUGCUUCACGGGAACCAGUCCCGAUGAACCUGAUGAGGAAGAUUUGUGCCUGGAUCCACCGGCACUGUGCGGUACCUACGCGGAAAUUAACGAGUUAAAAUGUCACGAGGAUUCGAAACGGUUCUGUCAGUGCCGUCCGUUGACGUCCAAUCCGGCGGUUUACGCUCCGAUAGCGAUGCCUUGCGCUGAGGAAACUUCCUUCAGUUUCUACCAUCAGACCUGCACCCGGGAUGAGCUGUGGCAGGAUAGUUGCUCCGCUUAA